AUGGCUAACUCCAUGUCUUGCCUCCCAGAGCUCAACACAACAUUAACAACUACUACUAUUACGGUUCAACAUGCCCAAGCCAAGCUUCUUCAAGCAAAGAACUGGGUCCAAUAUUCCUCUAUGGAACUACAUGGGUUGGAUAGAGAGUCUUCAAACAAUGUUGGUUUGGCCUUAAGAGACUGCAACAAGUUGUAUGCUGAGAGCGAGCCGCGGCUCAGUCGGUUGGUCUCCGGUGCGACGUCCCGAUACACCGUUGAUGAUGCUCUCACAUGGCUCGGCGCCGUACUCGCCAACCACAGAAGUUGCUUAGAAGGCUUGGCUGAGAAGGGUUUUGUGGAGGCUCAGUCUCAUUUAGCAGCGCAAAACUUGACUACUUCCCUUGGAGAAGCUCUUGCUUUGUAUAGCAAAAUGAAGAGCACAAUAUCAGAGGCACAAAAAACUGGUCCAAACACAAACGGAGGGCUUUUGGCUUCAUGGAAUCCGGCAACUUCGAAGGCUGACUUUGUGGUGGCAAAGGACGGCUCCGGCACUCAUCGCACAAUUAACGAGGCAGUGGCUGCCCUCGCCAGAAUGGGGCGUGGAAGAGGCCAAAGAACAAUAAUCUAUGUGAAAGCUGGGGUGUACAAUGAGAAGGUGGAGAUUGGUCGAAAGUUGAAGAAUGUCAUGUUUGUUGGUGAUGGUAUGGGUAGAACUAUCGUCACCGGCAGCCGCAAUGUGCCCGACGGCGCUACCACCAUAAGCUCAGCCACAUUUGGUGUAUCAGGCGAUGGAUUUUGGGCAAGGGACAUGACAUUUGAGAACACAGCCGGCCCUCAGAAGCACCAGGCGGUGGCGCUGCGGGUGAGCUCUGACCUAUCGGUGUUCUACCGCUGCGGCAUAAUUGGCAACCAAGACACACUCUACGCCCACUCCCUCCGCCAAUUCUACCGCGACUGCCACAUCUACGGCACCGUAGACUUCAUCUUCGGCGACGCCCCGGUCGUGAUCCAAAACUGCGACAUAUUCGUAAGAAAACCAAUGAGCCACCAAGGCAACAUGAUCACCGCUCAAGGGCGGGACAACCCUAACGAGAACACGGGGAUUUCGAUCCACGCGUCGCGCGUUAGGCCCGCGGCGGAUCUUGUCCCGGUCAAGGGCGCCUUCAGGAGCUACUUGGGAAGGCCGUGGAAGAAGUACGCAAGGACGGUGUUUCUUAAGACGGACUUGGAUGGGUUGAUUGAUCCCAAGGGGUGGAAAGAGGGGAGUGGCGAUUUUGCCGUUUCAACUUUGUUUCAUGUGCUCAAUAGUGAUCAACAAGCGAGCCCUUUUUCUGUGGGUAGUUUUAUUCAAGGAGGGUCUUGGAUUCCAGUCACUGGGGUCCCAUUCUCUAUUGGAAUAUGA